GCCUUAAAAAGCCCGACCGGCGCCUCCCCGUGGAGCCAAGCCUCCUUUUCAUGCAAGUCAUCAGCCACCCUGCCGGCCCCCUCUCGCUGGAGUCCAGAGUCGGGUCGCGGAGAAAAGUCUGCCUUCGGAUCCAACGCCGAGGAACGCCAGGGCCACGAUCACCUAUGCAGAGACACACCCCUGAGCCCCGUGUAAAAACCUGAGGAGUGAGAUGAUACCAGAGCCCACGGCCGCAGCUGCGUCCAGGCCCUCAGAGCAGAAUCAGAACUCUCGCGACGGGGCCAACUCCUCUGGAGCCGUCAAUCAUUCAGAGGAUGAGUCGGGGAAUGAGAAUAGACAAAAGAGCGUGAGGAGAAGGAAAAGAGCACACGAGGGCUCAGAGAAUGUCAAACGCAAACGUGCCAAGGCCGGCCGCAGCAGCGUUCGCAGAGCAAGAGGCAGCCACAAUAAACAGAGGCACGUGGAGGCCGUCACCCUGUUUGAGGUGGUCACCAUGGGCAGGAGUGCCAUGCAGGCGGUGAUAGAGGACUGGAUUGAGGCGUACGUGACGGACAGAGACUCCUCUCUCCUUGAUCUCAUCAGCUUCUUCAUCCAGUGCUCCGGGUGCAAAGGCGUGGUGACAGCAGAGAUGUGUCAGAGCAAAGAGGACAGUGAUGUGAUGAGUAAGAUGGUCGAGGAGCUAGAUGAGGUCGCCAGUCUGCAGUAUAAAAAGUUUCUGGCUUUUCCAUGGAUCCUCACAGUCACGUGGCCCAUGGACACAGACAGUGUGGAGUAUCCUCUCAUACAGUCCGGCCCCUACGGUCGCUGGUUUCACUCCGAGUUCUGUGACUUUGUGUCGGUGCUGGUGGCUCAGUGUCAGCACAGCGUCAUCUUUGACAGAUACCUGAUGGACACACUGAUCUCGCUGCUCACAGAGCUGUCGAACUCUUACGUGCGAGCCUUCCGACACACCUGCACGCUAGCAGCGGUGAAGCUGCUGAGCGCUCUGGUGGGCGUGGCUCUGAGCCUGAGUGUCGGGAUCGAAAACAGUCAGAAACUUUACAAGGUGCAGAGGACAAAGACAGCGAGACAGAAAAGCACACCACAGCUGGAGAGAAUACAGAAGAAGAUUACUGAGCUGCAGGAGAAGAGGGUGGAGAUAGAGAGCAUGAUGGACAUCAUCUUCAAAGGAGUUUUUCUCAAAAGAUACCGGGAUGUGCUUCCAGAAAUCCGCUCCAUCUGUAUGGAGGAGUUGGGUUUGUGGAUGAAGCUCUACAGUUCUGCAUUUCUCAGUGAUAGCUACCUCAAAUACGUGGGCUGGAUGAUGUACGACAAAAUACCAGAUGUGCGUCUCAAGUGUGUGUUAGGUUUGCAGGGUUUAUAUGGAGACCCUCUGCUUCUCCCCAAACUAGACCUGUUCACCAGCCGUUUCAAGGACCGGAUGAUCUCCAUGACCCUGGAUAAGGACAGUGAAGUGGCAGUGCAGACCAUGAAACUACUGGUGCUCAUCUCCAAAACUUCCGAUGAUGCGCUCAGUCCAGAGGACUACAAGCAGCUCCUCCAGUUCGUUUACUCUUCACAGCGACCUCUUGCAGCCACCGCAGGGGAGCUGCUCUUCUCGAGGCUUCUGAACACUGUAACUCCUGCAUCUGAUACUCAGGAUGAACGAAAUGAGGAGGAGGCACAUGAACGACGAACCUCUGCCAGACUGAAGGCUCUGCUGCAGUUCCACCAGGAGUCUGAGCUGCACAAACAUGUGGUAUACCUGGUGGACAGUCUGUGGGACUGCGGCGGAGCUCUGCUGAAGGACUGGGCCACUCUCACAUCCAUACUGCUGCAGGACCCUUCCUCACACAGUACAGGUCUUACACUGGCAGAACAAGCAGUGCUUGUAGAGAUUCUGGUGGCGUCGGUGCGUCAGGCCUCAGAGGGACCAGCCCUGGCCGGGAGGAGCGGAGCGAAGAAGGUAAUGAGCGCCAGAGAAAAGAAAAUUCAGAUGGACGACUGUACGAAGCUGACCGAACAUCUCCUCCUCGUGCUUCCAAAGUUACUGUCCAAGUUUUCAAGUAGCCGGGACAUCGUUGCCUCCCUGAUGAGGAUUCCUCAGUACUUCCACCCUGAGGGUCCUGAGGCUGAAAACACACAGGCAGUAUCCAGCCUGAUGGCAGAGAUGGGAGCGGUUUUGGACCUCCACUCGGGCCCUGCUGUUCUGGAGGCGGCGGCCCGCACAUAUCUCGCCCUGUGCGGCGAGGAGACGACCUGGUGCGCCACGGCCCGGGCGGCCAGAGACUCUCUGGUCCAGACCUGGGCGGACCGCCUGACAGUCCUGCUGGAGGACUCACUCAAGGGUGACUGCUUCUCCGCUGAUGAGGAGAAAACCGGAGAAUUUUUAGCCACACUGAAGAAACUCCGAGCUUUCCACAACUGUCACGACCUCUCUCGGUGGAGCCUGUUUGAGCUGCUCUCUCCUCUCCUGCCGGCGGAGAGCAGCCGGGGAGGAGCGCCGCCCGAGGUGCUGCUGGAGGUUCUGCAGUGUCUGUGUUACUUCCUGCUCUGGUCUCUCAACACGAGUCAUGAGACUCUAACCUCCAGAGAGAAUGCUGUGGCCCAGAGGCUGCAGCUGCGUCUGUUCUGUGAGAGGAGUCAUCGCUGUCUCUCCCACCCUGACAACGUUGUGCGGCAACAGGCUUUUCUGGGUGUGUGCGACGUCCUGACGGCUCAUUCCUACCAGCUGCACGUGUGGGAUCCCACCUCCUUUGGUCCGCUGCUCUACACACCCAGUCCCAAACUGCAGAGGGCGCUGUUGACCUUUGUAUGCAUGCACGUCUUUGUUGGCCCGGAGUGUGACAGCCAGAGCAGGGUCAGCGAAAACUCUGAAGUGGAGAGGCUGGAGGACCUUCACAAACGCAGAAACCUGCUCGCGGCCUUCUGCAAACUGAUAGUACAUGGAGUGCUGGAGAUGAGCAUGGCAGCUGAGGUCUUCAUGUUCUACAUGAAGUAUUAUAACGACUUUGGAGACAUCAUCAAAGAAACGAUGUACAGGACCCGACAGAUAGAUAAGAUAGAGAGCGCUCGCACACUGGCGCUCUGUUUGCAGCAGCUGUUUGUUCGUCUUAAAAAGGAGCAGGAGAGCGGUGGUAGGGCUCACCCAGGGGUCCAGACCUUCACCAGCAUCAAGGAGCUGGCCAGGCGGUUUGCUCUUACCUUCGGGGACCUCGUCAAGUUUCGUGAGUGCGUCGUCAUGAUCCACAGGAACGGCAUAGAGUUUGUGUUCCAAGAGUUUAGCCAGACCCCAGAAACACCUACACCGCCAUACCUCUCCUUCCUGACCAUCCUCAGUGAGUUCUCCUGCAAACUGCUCAAACCAGACAAGAAGACAGUGUUCUCCUGCCUGCAGAAGCACACCGCAGAGCACAUUAUUGACCUCAGAGAGGAGUGCUGGCAGCCGCUUAUCUACUAUCGUGCUUCUCUAUUGGCUGCAGCUGAAGGGGAGGAUGCCGUGUCCUAUGUUAGCUCUGACAGGAAGCCAAACCCGCCCAAUCGCUCUCCCUUCUCCAAACAAAAACUAGAAGAAGGCAAGUCCCCCUGUCCGGUAAGCCCCGUUGAUUCCAAAAUUAGUAAAGGUCACAGAUCCAACUUCAGUCCAAGCCAUCAGGAGAGGACAACAGAUAUGGAUCCGUUUUCUCUCCCACUGGAACCUUCUGCAAGAAGACUGGACACCGAAGGAACCAUCGUCAGCACGAGCAACGAGGUGGAUGACGACACGGUGGAGAUUGAACUUUAAAUGCGAGGGGGGUCGGGGGACAUCGGCGCUCCCGUAUGAACGGCAAGACCUCACGGGACGUCACAAGCUCUGAGAGAGAUGGUUUUCUUUUGCACCUUGUAACCAGUGUCUCCUGUGUGGCCAGGAAUCUCGGCGUCCAACUUUUGACUCACGGUUACUUUAAGACAAGUUUCUCUUUAGUGCUGUAUAUUAUGUCUUUUUAAGAAGACACAGGCUUUAAGGAUUCAAGUGGUGAUAUUCUGUAUUUUUCUUAAUGCCAACAGACCCCCCCCCCCCCCAAAAAGACUAAAACCAACAAUGAAUCGAUGCCUCUAACAAGUACUGUAUGUAGCCAAAGCGUGAUGUAGCCUAUUCCUCUGUGCCACUGAGCUCUGUUGUCACCUGGAAAUGAUUAAAAACACAUGGAAUGAGCCCCACUGUUAAACUGGGUGACAUGUUCCAAAAACAUGGGCACUGUAGUUUUUUUUUGUGAGUUUUUCCCCACAUAAACCGUCCUGCUGCCAUAAACACUCACUAGAGCACCAAAUGUGGAUUAGUCCACCAGUGAAAAAAGCCCCCGGCAAGUGCACUAUUUCCUCAUGUUUGCGUAACAUUUGCUAAAAACUACACCGCCCAGGUGUUCUAGGGAACACCUUGACCUUUUAAAAACAUUAAACUAUAUAUUUUUGAUUCAGGUUUCAUUUACAUCUUCAGUAGGUGCAAAUGGCCUUGGCCCUCAGUGCUACAGAGGAGUAGGAAAGUGGGAAACGAUACUAACAGAUAGUUGGUUUUAGUCUUUCCAUUGGAUAUUUUAAAAAUAAGAAAUAUAUAGAAUAACACCAGCCUUACUUUUUAAAAUGUCAGAAUGAGGUCUAGUAUAAUUUAUUCAGAGACCACUUUAAUUUGAAGAUCAACUGUAUCAGUAUGUGUAUAGAUUUUUUUUUUUUUUUUUUUACUGUACUUGAAUGUAACAGGUGACAUUAAAUGAUCCAUCUAUUAAUUUUUCUUUUGGAUCACACUCAGGUCCAAGAUUUGUCAAAAUAUUAUCUGGGGUUGAUUAAGAAUUAUGCUUUACUGUCCUACCUGCCACUUUAUUAUUGCUCCUUAUAGGAAAUAGUUGGGUUAAAGUUGGCGAAAAAACUACUUAUGUACUGCUGUAAAUAAACUUAAGUUAAAAAAAAUAAUCCAAACAAGUACAUUUCUCUAAGUAGCAAUUUGUUUCAACAUGUUGAUUUUUAUGAAUACCUUCACACCCUGUUCCACAUAAUACCCCAUGAAGACAUUGUACGAAAUGGGCAUUUAAAAAAAAAAAAGCAUUUCAU